UUAUUCCUUCCUUCUUCAGACUCUUAGGAAUACACAGGACUGGAGCGUCAGAGCACUCUGUCUACAUGUCUUUAAUUUCACCAACAACUCAUCUCAACCAUUCACUGAAUGCAGACUAACAGAGAUGCCAAAGGAAAAAUAUGAUCCCCCAGAUCCUCGGAGAUUAUAUACCAUCAUGUCAACUGAGGAGGCUGCCAAUAGAAAGAAGUCACACUGGGCAGAAUUAGAAAUCUCUGGUAGGGUAAGAAGCUUGAGCACUUCAUUAUGGACUCUGACACACUUAACUGCACUACAUAUUAAUGACAACAACCUGAGUCGCAUUCCACCAGACAUUGCUAAGCUGCGGCACCUGGUUUACCUCAACUUGUCAUCCAAUAAACUCCGCAGCUUGCCAACAGAACUCGGAAACAUGGUGUCACUCAGGGAAUUGCUUUUAAAUAAUAAUCUCUUACGGGUUUUGCCUUAUGAACUUGGGCGGCUGUUCCAGCUACAGACCCUCGGUUUAAAAGGCAAUCCGCUGUCACAGGAUAUUCUGAACCUGUACCAGGAACCUGACGGAACAAGAAAGCUGCUGAAUUAUAUGCUUGAUAAUCUAGCAGUCCAUCCAGAACAGCUUCCGCAGAGGCCGUGGAUCACAUUGAAAGAACGAGACCAAAUGCACCCUACAGCCCUAUUCACAAUCAUGUGUUUCAAUGUACUUUGUGACAAGUAUGCCACAAGGCAGCUCUACGGCUACUGCCCAUCUUGGGCAUUAAACUGGGAGUACAGAAAAAAGGGAAUUAUGGAAGAGAUUGUCAGCUGUGACGCAGAUAUUAUUAGUCUUCAGGAAGUUGAAACCGAGCAAUACUACACCCUCUUUCUGCAAGCAUUAAAGGAGCGUGGGUAUGACGGGUUCUUUUGUCCAAAGUCUCGUGCCAAAUUAGUGUCAGAGCAAGAAAGGAAACAUGUGGAUGGAUGUGCAAUAUUUUUCAAAACGGAGAAGUGUAUGAAGUCUCUUCAUAGUAUUGAAAAACAACUACUUCUAGUGGCCAACGCACACAUGCACUGGGACCCUGAGUACUCUGAUGUGAAGCUGAUUCAGACAAUGAUGUUUACCUCUGAGUUGAAGAACAUUGUUGAGAAGGCCUCCAGCUCUGGCAAGCCAGGCUCUCCAGCUUCUGAUCCCAGCUCCAUCCCAAUCGUGCUGUGUGCAGAUCUGAACUCGCUGCCAGAUUCAGGUGUUGUUGAAUAUUUAAGCAAUGGAGGAGUAGCAGAAAAUCACAAGGACUUUAAGGAACUGCGAUACAAUGAAUGUCUCAUGAACUUCAGUUGCAAUGGGAAAAACGGGACCUCUGACAGCAGAAUCACUCACAGCUUUCACCUGAAGAGUGCCUAUGAUAACAGCAUAAUGCCUUACACCAAUUACACCUAUGACUUUAAGGGUGUUAUUGACUACAUUUUCUAUUCCAAGACUCACAUGAGUGUGUUAGGGGUCCUGGGACCUCUGGAUCCUCAGUGGCUGAUUGAAAACAGCAUCACCGGCUGCCCACACCCCCACAUCCCCUCCGACCACUUCUCCCUGCUGACUCAGCUUGAGCUCCACCCCCCUACCCCGUCCCUCAUUAACGGGGUCCUCUUGCCUGUCCGAAGGUAGUAGAGCCCCUUCCGUGAGGACUAGGUCCUCUUCCUGUGGACUUGUACAAUUGUAAAAAAAAAAAAUAGUAUGUAGGAGUGAAGUGUGGCUCACAUACUGGUCCUUUCCUAGGCUGCUCCUUUUUAUGGUUUGAACAUAAUUUAUUUGUUUCUUCUAUGCUUUAUACCCAAAAGGGCUGGGAUUACAACAGUAUAAUUUUAUCAUAAUGACCACUGAGCAAAACUGAAACUCCACCAAUACAUAUGCUUUGCAACUGGAAAAAAUGUUUAUAUAUAUAAAAUGAAGAUCUUCAAUUUCAAAUACCACAACAAAAUUGUCUUCGAAACUACCAUACGUUUUUUCAGUAAAUGACAAAAGAUGCAUUUUUUUCAUAGUUCUCUGCAAAGGAUUUUAGUCUUUUCCCAGCCCUGCACACAAACUAGUGCUGCUUACUACUCUGCAUUUCAUUUCUUUUUUUUAUGUAUUAACCCCCUCUAUCCCAGACAAGCAAAAAUGACCUUACCAAAUGUGAAAUUUUCAAAUUCUUCAUUCAGAUUUGUUUAUAAAAGGAAACUUUAACAUAAACGUACACAAGGACUGCAUUAAAAAAUUUAAAUAUCCCCUGAGGUACUUUUGCAAAAUAGUUUUUAAAAUACACUGAAAACGACCCUUUUUAAUUAAUUGUAUAACUUUAGUACCAGGUGCUGGUUAUAUUCCGCUGUUAAAAUGACUUAAACGUUUCAGGCCACUUUGUUUUAAACUGUCUAAAAUAUAUAUCAUUUGUCAUAGUGGCCAUAUUAAUCAAGCCAUAACUUGCCUGAAGCACACAAAUAUGUAUUAAACAAAAUCUUAAACCAAAUAUACAGUACUUUUAUUCGGUGGACAUUACCGUUAUAGCGUUGCUGCUGUUUGAAUUUGCUGCAGUAUUUUCCUGCCAUGUCAUUUUUGUUUAUUUUGAAUUGAAUACUUUGUGAGCAAUAUGUUUUGUCCAUACUUCACUCCCGGUGUUUUGCCAGAUAUGUUUGUAUAAAAUUAAAGUUGAACUUCUCUUGUAAUGAUUGUAUAUGUACCACAGAGAAAGCCAUUUAUUGAUUCUUUUUUCUUUCUCUUUAUUCGGAUGGAGGGAGGUACAGCACAUAACUACAUAUUUAUCUACUUUUUGAAAGUUCAUGAAAAGAGGUAUUGUAGUGUGAAUGUAUGUUUGGCCUUUUUUGCAAAAGGCCACCCAUUCUCUCUCUCUCUCUCUCUCUCUCACUGCUUGUUGCUUUUGCUUUAUUUGUAACAUUUUCAAUUUUAAUGGUUGUGGGAAGUGCUUAGAGUAGCAGCAGUACUCCAUGGCUUUCAAUGUUUAAACGUGGUGGUAGAUUUAAAAAUAUAUAUAUAUAUACACACACACCCACAGUCCAGGUGUGCUUUGAUACUACCACUAAGGAAGUGUCCUAGUGCUGUAGUGUAUGUGGUUAUUGCAGAAUCAAAUCACAGUAAUGACAACCUGCAAUCCACUGAAGGGAGUGAGAAUUUUAUCAUUCAAAGCAAGGGUAACCAAAUAUAUUUUCUACAGUGAAGGCCUUUAAGGCCGUAGGUUUAAUAUAUAAGUUUUACAUAACAGGCAAAAAGGUUGCCUGUUAUGUAACACUUGUCUACGCGCAAACAAACAUGUAACACAUUACAUUCUCUUAUAAAAUCCAUUUAAAAUAUUGUCAUUGGUAAAAAUGACAUAACUAAACAUUUUUUAAAUCUUAAUGUAAGACUUGUAAUUUAAAAUGUAACGACAACACAAGCUUUAAAGCACACUGUAAAGUUAAAACAGGCUACAUAUUUUACUAAACAGAAAUCAUUGCAGGGGGGAUUAGCAAAAUUGCUAAUCACAGUAACUGAUUUAAUCAUUUUGCCGAUGAUAAUUAACAUACCAGCACUAGUGGAUGUUGACUGUAAUGGCCCAUCCUUAUAUUUCAUACACCAUACUAAACAGCAAGACCUGUCACUUGGGUUGUAAACUGUAUAAAGGUCACAUUUGUAGUUGUGAUUCUUUGUAGGCUAUAUCAUUUUAUAACAACGUGCCUGUUUUUUCUACUACUUAAGCAGCAGCACUGCCAAAAGCAUGCAGAGAAUCAAAAACAAAUGCAAAUCACAGCACCCUUCUCCAGGCAUCUUUUUAAACAUUCAGUACAUAGAUCUAUUACGAUCUGUGGAAGUGUAUGUAACCUAAAACACACACACACAUUAUUUUUGUUUUAGAGAACAUUAAAAAUUGGAAACAAGGUUAAAAGUGCAUUCUAACAUGAUUUGUUAUGCUUAAUGUGCCACAUUAUCUUAAUUUGUAUCCCCCCCCUUUUUUUUUAAUUGAAGUUAAUAUUCAUGCGUUAUGAAGUUGUGAAGUAUCAGUAAAUGCAAGUCUCGCAUCAUAUCACUUUUAAAGCCAAAUACAUCAUUGGGCUGCUGGCCCGGAAUGGUGAUAUUUGUGAAUAGCAAUGGUUUUCCAAAAUUCUAACUACCUUAGUUUUUUUUACAAAUACAUUUGAUUUGUUAUGAUAUUCCAUAUUUGUCUAGAUGCAUCUGGAAAAACCUUUUUUUUAAGUUUUUACCCAUUUUUACCAAAAAGUUCCUGUAACUAUUUUUUUAAACAUAUUUUCACAUGGUUUGACUUACACAAGAAUGCGAAAAUACUCAUUUCUACCAAGAAAAUCCAUGACUUAAAAUUGUAUUACUCUAUUAUAUGUAUGAAUACAGUUGAAUUGGAAAUUAUAUCUCACAGUUUGUAUCUAGAAGAAUCAGAUUUAUUUGUGCAGAUUAAAAAUGGCAAUAACAAUGAAAGUCAGGGGGGGGGGGGGGGUACUUCAGGAAACUUAUAUGAGGCAAGACAUAUUUGUUUGAAUGUAUGCUUUUUAAGAUGUAACAGUGCAGUUGUUGUAUUACCCAUUAAUUAAUUUUACAUCUAUAGUUCCAGUUUUUAUUUAAAUGCUACUUUUUUCACUUUAAAGUUCCUAGUUUUUGGACAAAAAUAAAAAUUGUAAACUGCAGUUUGACAUUUAAUGUGCUGAGAAUGUGUUUGUGCGUAACUGAGCAAUUGGGGUCUGAAGUGGCAUUACUAUGGUUUACAAUACUGAAUCAGUUCGCUGAUUAUAUCAGAAGUAAGAAACAGUCAGCAAAGGUUUGAAAUCUGGUACAUGUAAAGAAGAUUAUAGGAAGGAUAUAAGGUAUUCUUAGUAUUCCUACCCUGUAUGAGGUGCAGAAAUUAUUUGUGGCAUGACUUUAGAAGUGAUUGGAUUGUGCACACAAGACCAGGACAUGUUGUUACAUGCAGAACAAUUUUCCACUGUCAAGAAUUUCUAAUAGCAUUUUUUUUUUUUUUUUGUAGUCCUAAGUUUUGUUGAAUGUGAAGUUGACCUUUGUUUGCACUUUGGUCAUUAUUCUUUUACACAUCCUUCAGUGAAUUCAAGUUCAGUAAUCCUGGUGAUAAGUGCUUAAGACAAGCAUGCUUUGGAUCUCUUCCUUUUGGUUCUAGUUUUUCUUUUCUGAUCAUUUGCUUCCUGUUGCUUGGGCUAAAAUAUGCUUUGUUUGUAUAGUGCUUCCCAGAUUAAUUUGCAAGACGAUGAUAUCACUUUGUGUUACCAAUGAUGAAGUUAAACAGAGACAGUACCAGUGUACAAAGCGAUAAAAUAGCAGCGAGUUCCUGUUACAGUAAAGGGGUUUUCUUUUUCAAGGAAGUACAACAGCUGCUAACAAUUUGGCCAAUUGGUUUCCAGUGAGUGAUUUUAAUAUUAACAGUAAUGACAGUACAAGGUGAGGUUAUUUUAAAACAAUAGAGUCAACCCUAUACGUUUCUAUUAAUGUCCAAUUUGGAUCAAUUCUGUCACUUUCAAUAUUGGCAACAGAACCUAAAGUGAGAUCACUACUUUUGCUGAUUAAUAUAUAGGAAUGCCACUGUUAAUUAUAGAACAAAAUUAUAUAAGUGGAUAUUUACUGUGUGUGAUGCUUACACAAAAACAGAGCCAUAGCUGUGGUGUUUUUUGUUUUGUGUUUGCUUUUUGCUUUUUUUCUUUCUUGUAGCAUGAUCGGGGUAUGUGUGAUGUCACUGGACCAGUCUCAUGUUAAAAAGAGAUAGUAACUAUUAACCUACUGUACUAAGGGCUUUUCCUACUACAUAUUCACCAGCUCUUUCCUCAGUUACUAUUAUUGUCAAGUUAGUUAAAGUCCUUGAUGCUUUACUACAGUAAGAUUAGUUUUAUGCAAUAUACUGUAUGCUGUACAACUGGUUUUGUUUUAAACAAACACAGCAGGCUAGUAACUGUAUUAAAGCAGUCCUGCCUUUAAGAUGUGCUAUAUUCUGCCUUUGUUAGAAUAUUUUGUAUUUUUUGCACUACGUCACUUGUAAGUAUAGGGCUACAUUAUAACUGCUUGUUUCCUUGCACCUGCGUUUUUGUUUUUGCCGAUAGGCAAUAAAUGGCCAUUUUGAAAAUACAAA